AUUUGAACUAGAUUUUUUUUCUUCUAAAUUUGGUAUCUUCAGGGCCGAGUUCGGUGUUGACAAAGGGUUUUCCAUCUACUAUUUUCUGAAUUCAGAAUUUGAAAUUGUGUGUUUAGAACUUCCAUUGUUCUGCUUUUACCUUUAAUGUAAACAGCUCUUUUUUUAACAUUCUUAAUUAUAGCAUUGCCCAAGUGUAAUAAUCUUGACCAUGGGUGGCGCUGUGAGUGCUGGUGAAGACAAUGACGAGCUGAUAGAUAAUUUGAAGGAAGCACAGUAUAUCCGGACUGAGCUGGUGGAGCAGGCUUUCCGAGCUAUUGAUCGUGCAGAUUAUUAUCUUGAAGAAUUUAAAGAAAAUGCUUAUAAAGAUUUGGCGUGGAAACAUGGAAACAUUCACCUCUCGGCCCCGUGCAUCUACUCAGAGGUGAUGGAAGCCCUGGAUCUUCAGCCUGGACUCUCAUUUCUGAACUUAGGCAGUGGGACCGGGUACCUCAGCUCUAUGGUGGGCCUCAUUCUAGGUCCUUUUGGUGUAAACCAUGGGGUGGAACUUCAUUCAGAUGUGAUAGAGUAUGCAAAGCAGAAGCUGGACUUCUUCAUCAGAACAAGCGACAGCUUUGACAAGUUUGACUUCUGUGAGCCUUCUUUUGUCACUGGCAAUUGCCUGGAGAUUUCUCCAGACUGUUCUCAGUAUGAUCGUGUGUACUGUGGGGCUGGUGUACAGAAAGAACAUGAAGAGUACAUGAAGAAUCUCCUCAAAGUAGGAGGGAUCCUUGUCAUGCCGCUAGAGGAGAAGUUGACUAAGAUAACACGCACAGGUCCUUCAGCUUGGGAAACCAAAAAAAUUCUGGCUGUUUCUUUUGCUCCUUUGAUCCAGCCCUGCCAUUCAGAGUCAGGAAAAUCAAGACUUGUUCAGCUACCACCAGUGGCAGUUCGCAGCCUCCAGGACUUGGCUCGCAUUGCCAUCCGGGGCACCAUUAAAAAGAUCAUUCAUCAGGAAGCAGUGAGCAAAAACGGAAACGGACUAAAGAACACCCCCAGGUUUAAACGAAGGAGAGUUCGCCGCCGUCGAAUGGAAACGAUUGUCUUUUUGGACAAAGAGGUCUUUGCCAGUCGGAUUUCCAACCCUUCCGAUGACAACAGCUGUGAAGACUUGGAAGAGGAGCGGCGGGAAGAAGAAGAGAAGACCCCACCUGAAACAAAGCCAGACCCCCCAGUGAACUUCCUGCGCCAGAAGGUCCUGAGCCUGCCUCUGCCAGACCCCCUGAAGUACUAUUUACUUUAUUACAGAGAAAAAUAAGUCUCCUGUUAACGGGAAAUGAGGAAGAGCGGAUGGCAGGGUCUGAAGUGUGUGCCGCCUGUCUGCUUUUGAGGGGGUCUCCUAAAAGACGUCACAGAGAAGGGGCUUGCUGUGCUUGUCCACGUCGUAGUUUUCUUUUUCUGGUUCUUGAUUGUCCUCUAAAAUGUGGAUUCAGUGGUAUGAUUUCUUUACAUAAUCCAACAAGACCUACACUGCACAGAAUAAUGUUUUCCCAAAGUGGUGAGAAUCUUAAGAGAAGGAUGUUUCUUUUUCAGCUCUGAUGAAACACUGAAGUGUGCAUAGCAGAGACUGUUUGACAACUAUUCCUCACACAAGAUACACAUGUUGCGCAUUCAAAAUGAAAACUGAAGUUGAAACUAACUUGUUAUAAAAUGUGAAACAAAGCACAAGUUUGCAAAUGUUUAAAAUCCUCUCUGAGUGUGACACACCAGUGUCCAGGUAUGAAUUUUUAUAUUAACCUCUUCAUUACUGAUACUGAGUUUCACUUAACUUUUUAGUUUUCUAGAGAGGGAAACAUUAUUGAGAGGCUGCCCUUAUUUUAAGUAAAUUAAUUCAAUCUUAUGCGAGUUGUCAAUUAUAAUUUUUAAAAGGAGAAUUUUUCAUGGGGGAGGAGGAAUAAAAGGUCAGCUGCCAGAUAUCUUUCUUGAAUUCCAAAAGAAUUCUAAGGAGGUGUUUUUCUGAUACCUUUAGUAUCCUUUAAAAGAACCACUGUUGAUCCCUAAAAGAAUAUCCUGAAAAAAUGAAACAAGUUUUUUUUGUGUGUGUGAAAUUAAUAAGGUGUAUUACCUUUACCCUAACCAUAGGGAUGGUCAUUUACCCAACUUUAAAGACCAUAAUGGUUUUCCAAGGUGUUGACACACUCAAUUCUCAGAACAGGUAAAAAGUAUUAGGACUGCAAGAAAUAGACUGGGGACUAUAUCAUAGACAGCCUGUGCUUUUUGGCUUCUGUUUGCUAUUUUUCUGUAAUCACAUUAGAGUACUGAUUCAUAGAUUUUAUCUUUUAUAGUUCUGAAAAAAAAAGAGAUUUGUUAGUUUUGUAAUUUUUCUUACAGACAAAUACAUGGAUUUUAGUAGCUCCAUUGCAGGAGAACAGUGUAACUCACAGUGUCAUAGGAAGUCAAUCUUCUUCAGGCCAUGUGUCCAGUGCUUUCCGUCUUAAUGUUCAGAAGGCUAGAAGAAAAGCAGCUUUUCUAGUAGUCACAUGGCAGAAUGGUCUUAGUUACAUUGCUUAUUCCAAAAUAUUGGUUCUUUUUAAAACUUUUUUUUACCCAAAGAUAAGAGUAGUGUAAAUUGUUAACAAUAUAUCUAAAUUCAGAAUGUUGGUGUAGGAUUAAGUAUCCAGAUUUUCUUACUAAUUUUAACCUCUUGGGAGUUGCUGGGCUUCAGUGUCUCUCUGAGCCUGAAUUCUGGUUAUUUUUGGAUCUUUUCUGCCUUUUAAAAUAACUGAAUUAUUUUUACCAUACAAUACAUCUGCAUGCCCAGCUGGGAAAAUAUGUAUAUUGCUCUAGACUGAUAAACUUAAGCUGUUUUAAAGAAAGUUAGUUCAUAGUCGUUGCCUUUUAACUGUUUCAUUCUAUCACAGAGAAAUGCAUGAUUUAAUUUUACUUGCUAAUACUUUGUAGUUUGCAGGUCCUUGUUGACAUUAUUCUAAUUGAUAUGUGGAGACUUCUACGUUACAUGGAAAUUUUUGGACAUAAUAGUAAAUGAAUAUGUGAAAUUUAAAUGUGUUAUUUUAGGUGGCUUGACUAAAUUUUUUUCUAUAAUUGUGUAUGGACUGAAUUUUUUUUACAACCACAUUUGCCUUUAUGCUAAAUUGUAAAAAUCAUUAUAGUGCAUAAGACAUGUUUUCCCCCCUUAUAUGUUAAAAUUUUCCUAGCAUUUUGUAUUUAUAUGUUGUCAGUUUGUGAUUUUUAAACCAGAAUUUGGUCAAAACAUAUGGUUGUAAUAUAUGGGAGAAAUAAUUUGGUGUUUAUCUUAUAAGGGAGAAUUGUGAAUAAGCUUUCCUUUGCACCUUACACCAGAAUUCAGUAUAAUGCACUACUUUCUGUUUUAAAACAGGCAAAUCAUAAUAUAGUCUGUAUUAUCUGCAAGAUCUAUAUUGUAAACCACAUUCUUGACAACUGUUUAUUUUUGUUUUGAAUAGUCUGUUCUAAUAUAUGAAUUUUGUCUUGAAAAGUAGCAAAGCCAUAGACUUGUGCAAAACAUAUUUCAAAUUUAUAGAUUUAAAGUAUGUAAUGCAAAAACUCAAAUGUGUAUGUAAAAAUACUUUUACCCAUCUGGAACUUACUGGGGAAAAAGCCAAGAAAUUUGAAACAUGAAUUUCAAUGAGAUGAUGUAUGUGGGUAAACACAGAUGAGAUCAAUAAAGGUAGUUAAGACAUUCAA